GGAUAAUUUUUAUCCCCGCUUUCCCCUCUUUCCUUUUUUCUUUCCAUCUUUUACUCCUCCAUUUCCACACCAUCUUGGUAAGAUGAGAUCGAGUUCACAUCUAUCCCAACAUCAAUUGUGUUUAUUCUCCAACCUAUAUUCGAUAUCCUGCAAAGAGCAAACGACGACGUCGUUGCUGAUUGUUUUCCUCAUACUUAGCCAUCAAUCCUUUGUGUUAUACUUCCUCAGCCAUGUCUAUUUCCAAUGCUGGACGGGCUCCUGUUGAUGAAGAGUUCAAUUCAUCCGAUCUCGAAUACGAUGUUCCUGUCGAAAAGUCUCGCAGAAUCCUUGGUCAGAGGAGUAUUGUCAAAAUCAUAGAGAACGCCCAAGAACUCAGAGUGAGCAGUAAAAAGACCUCCAAGCAAUUAUCCUACGGCACAGGGAGGCAAAACACCCAGGACGUCAAGCAUCGUGCCGUUCAACGACUCAACAACUUCCGCACACACUCCCUCAAGCAAGUGGAUCUCAAGGUUGCCCCUAGCGGGGAGGAUAUGUUGAGGUUCAUGGACUCGAUUAUUGGAGUCAUCGUACCUAACAGAAGGAACAAAGCAGUACCCAAUGCCUCAACUGCUGCCGCCAUGAUUCAAGUUCUUGUGGAAUACUCAAUCUUUACAUAUAAUCGGAGUCUCACACCUCAAGAGAAGGCACGAAUCCAUACUUGGUAUGACGAUGCCAAGAAAAAUGGGCGUUUGACAACUGGCAAGUGGGCAGAAAGAAUUCGAGUUGGUAUAUCGACACUGUCGAUGAUGAGCAAAGCUUGGCUAAGUUUUCACGUCAAGAAUGGCACAAUUUCCUGGGAUAUUACAAUCUACAAAUUGUUCAGUGUGGUGCUCACAUCAGCACUUGCAUGUCGCGUGGGCGAUCUUGCCAGAUCGACGCUAUCGUAUACCUUAGAAUACGCUAGGUGGCAAGAUGUGGAGAUCGCCAUUCCAACAGAUUCACCGGGAACGAUCGGCUGGAAAGACUUUGAAGCUCAAUUCACAUUGCGAUAUACCAAGUUCAAGAGAGAUACCCCGCGCAACAAUGACAUUGUGUAUCUGUCACCUCUUGAUGAUGAGGACACAAAUCAUAUCUGUCCGCUCACGCUUAUGAUUCUGCACGCCAUGAGACAUGGAUUGGUCAUGCCCGUCGGUGCCACGUCUUUGCAAGAAGUCAUUGAUUACGCAGCAGCAUCAGAAAGUCGAGCGAUUGAGUGGGUGCAGCCCACCUAUCCCCUCAUGGCUUCCUUAGCUCACUCUCGAUUGUGCCUGGAAGUUCCGGCACAGGCGAAUCAGAUCACACAGACAGUCAAGCUUAUGGGUAUAAUGACUGGCAUUAUCGGCACUAUUACUGGACACAGCUUGAGAACCGGGGCUGCUCGAGAUGUCGCUCAUCUACCAAGCAAAGUUUUCGACGGUGUAGGCAUCACAAGCUCUUCAGUCGCAGCCGUAUUAAACCACAGCACAGCCACCUUUAACAGGGGAAUAUCGAGAGACUACGCUGGUGAACAGACUGCUCUCGUUUUCAAUGCGCGUGCGAAGGUCAUGCCUACCCCGCGAGGCCUGCCUAAGGUAACCAACGAAGACAUGGCUGCUCUCUACAAAAAACCAAUCCCACUCAAAGAGGUUCAGCUAUGGCAAGCAGAGAAUCGCCCUGAUGACCCUGAUCCGAACUCUACCAACUCUCGACGAAACGCAAGAAACGCGAUGCGACACGGUCGAUUAGAGAAGGGUUGGGAAACCGUACCGUCCACUAGACAGACGACAUCGAAUACUAUUUUGAGAGACUUGCCGACCAAUCCAAUGGUGCUUGCUUCCUCAGUGACCUCGAGUGCCACAAAAGAAGCGUCCAUUAGAUCCGAAUCAACUCCGGCUUCUCCCAUGCCACACCCCUUGGAGACCUCGUUUAUUAGUCAAAUUGACCCUGCUCUCCUGUCUCAAGAUCAGAUUGAUCAGUUGUCGCACAUGGUCGAGGAUGAGGGAUACAUGACCGCAGCGACCUUUGACAUGACGGAACAUGACCUUAGUGAAGUUGAAGUUGUCUCCUCAGACUUGGCUAAGCUUCAAAUUCUAAUAGCACCAAUGGUAUCCGACGGUUCGCAGACCAUCGACCACGUCGAUGGCGAUGGCGAGGAUGACGGUGAUGUAGACUUGGAUGAGAUGCAUGCAUUAUUGGGGGUUGAAGAAGAUGAACCCGACAAUCAAUCAGGGGAGGUAACUUCGGCUCAUGGAUUCGUUGCAAAGUGGUCGAGAGUUAACAUCGUAUGCAACUCACGAUUUGAGCGAGCAUGGUUGAGCUGUACCGAAGGAAGAGUCUCACUUGAAGAUUCAAUUGGUCCCUUUUGCCAAUUUGGCAAUACUAGAGACUCACCAACACCGUUUCAAUUCGUUUGCACCACCCCGACUUGUGAUUAUUCCACCAUCACAAAGCCUACCCUGACCCAACAUGUCGACGGAUGUACUACAGAGAAGAUCGAAGCGAAACUGGCGGUACCCAGACCGUUUACCUGCAAUCGUGCUGGGUGUCAGGCCAGUUUUACAAGCAAACAUGACCUCUCCAACCACACCAAUCACAAUCAUGCUGCUACCAGAAAGCCCUGCAAAGAUGCGGAAACAUGGGGCUGUGACCCCAUCGUCAUGUACACUGUCAAAGAGCUAGCUGCUCAUAGACACACACAUGGGUUUCCAACCAGGUGUACAUUCGACGGAUGCGAGCAUCAGCGCCAGUUCGCAAGUAGGAAUAGCUUGCGGAGUCACAUCAAAAAAACUCACAAAAUCUCUUCUGCAGGCUAUAUGCCAGCGGAGAUUCGGAAGCGAAGUUUAAUCGACCAGCCGGAAAGAAGUGACGCUCAGUCUCAGGAGAGGAAGAGAAAACGUGAUACAAUCGACAAUGUCGAUGAGCCUCAGUGAUUGUAUCGCGUCGCAAUAACCUAUCGACGCACCUUUGUUCCCAGGAGGAGACACAAGGGAAAUGUCAUCAUCUUGAGUGGCUAGUUUUUUUGAGAUCAUAGUGCUAUUGCCACUUUUUUGUGAGAAUCUGAGAAUACAAUAUUGUGCAUCGUUGUGGAGGAAAUGUCGAGCGCGGUAUCAAGAUUGUUACCUGAUGAUAUUUCUGAUUAUAUCACUCGCUGGAGCUGUUAGCUGAGCCAUCUCCUACUCAUAUAUCAUUAGAUUGCUAUUAGAUAUUAUCUCUUCUAUGUCAAUUAAAUCAAUCAUAUGAAAACUUGCAUACACA